AUGAUCUUCGAUAAAGGGUGGGAGACUGCAAGCGCCGUUAAGGUUAUGAAUGCUAACCAUCUUUUCUUCGCCAGCAGUCUCAUUUGGGGCAGACAGGAAGACCAAGACUGCCCCCAAGUGUGCAUUUUGGUCCGAAACUAUGACGACGCGAAGGGGACCUUCCUCCACCAUUUAAAAGCCUGCACGUUUGCCAAUAUUGUUAAUCAGAUAACUGAUUUGAAAAGGUUCACUAUUGAAGAUCCCCAUGUGUCACGACUGGCGUUCGGAACCGGAUCAGCAGCUAUUCCGCGGGAAUCUCGAUAUCAUAUCAUAGAAAUUGCUUCAUUCGAUAACCCAUACUUGUGGGCCUCGUAUACAAUAGACUCGCUGGGUAGUCCACCGCUUGCCAUCAUUUAG